AUGAGUUUUCUUAAUCUGCGUGCUUUACGAAUUCAAAAAGCGACAACCAUUGCCGAUCUUUCCGACGAUGCUCUCGUGAAAGUGUUCCAAAGAUGUGACAACGUGACAAUAUUACGAUGUUCGGACGUGUGUCGUCGAUGGCGCGCUUUAAUUUUCGCAGAAGAGCGAAAACCGCAGUCGCAGGUUCGUCGUGCACAAGACACAGUCGGAAUCUUCAUCGUCGAUCGAAGGAGGGCGAUUCUUGAGAAAAUGUGUCCGGGUUCUGAGCCGACUAAAUUAACAGCUACUCGCAGUGAAUGUUCACUGCUGAUAACGCCAGCGAUUCGAACCCCGAGAAUCACUCGAAGUUCUCAUAAUGAUGUGACUUCCAAGGAGCCACCUGUUCCACCGGAAGCUACUACGGUAUUUAUGGAAGAUCAGUUUGUAGAUCAAUCACAAGCCUCUUGGGCUUUCACAUUUGACUUCUCAACGUGGGCGAGUAGGCAUCAUGUUGUUGAGGUCUGUCUUCAAAACUUUUGCUCGUUCCUCGACCGAGAGCAUCCACGGAUGGAGUUUCCUGGUAACAACGGGCAUCUCGAUGGUAAUAACCAUGGAAGUUUUCCACAUAAUGGUGCCAUGCUCACACCGCCAUGGUCCGGAGGCGUUGAUCGGUCGCUCGCAGAGGGAUGUACUAGUAAUGGAUUGUCAGAUCAGCGUGGUUAUGCGUACUAUCAAUUGCCGUCGGCUAGAGCCUUGAUGAUUCACAAUCCACCGCUCACUGUCAUGGAUGACGAGACAGUAGCGGAACUGACCCGAUUAUCAUCCGGUCGACUGGAACGCCUAGCAGGAGUGUUAGCCGUAAUUCGUCCUUUGCACAUUGUAUUUCGCGAUCAUUCACUCUAUAACCAUCGCCCUACGCUUCUACUCAUAUAUUUCCUCAAAUUGCUGCAACCAUCUGUACGUCGUGUAACGUUUGACGGCAUUCAAUCUCAUCAUCUGAUUCCGUUGCAUAAAAUAUUCGACCUUAGUGGCAUUGAUGAGCUUAAUGUUAAUCAACCGCGGUUUUCUCCUGCAAUUUGUGUAUCUCAUCGUCUGCUGAUGAAUUGGCUGGCAUUACCAGCACAGCAAAGGCGUAGGCUUCGAAUGCGGCUCUCUGGUUGCCGCACAAUGACUGCGCGUGGUCUCGCUGUUUUUGUACAGACCUGGAAGACAACACCAGAACCUUGUUUAUUUGACCAGAUAUCCAUAGAUCUUCGUUCGGUACCAGUAUAUGAUUUUCUUGCUGAAAUGGAAACGCCAACGAAAGACCCAGAAGAGCCCGAGGACUGGCGACCUCCAACGCCACCGGCAGCUGCAUACGGUCAUGGACCUAUGGCAGCAGCAAGCAGAUGGACAAACUGUAAGCUGACGGUAAAGCACCGCAAGGGAAAUGUCACGCUGAAUAUGUGCGUAGCUGAAGGGUUUAUUGUACUUCGAUGCCGCUCAGCAGGUGAACAACGUUCCGCUCAACAGGCAUCUACACUGUGCCGAAGGAAUGUCCUUCCACGACCAUCUUCUUCUCAAUGCUUUGAGGCAAAAACUAAAAGUGGUCAGUGA